UGGAUUGAUACGGUCGACACGCCUCUUUGCGUUAAUUCCUCUGCUUCUGACGCGGUGGAAGGUCCUGGUGUUGCGGUCGCCCAAGCUCAGUUUCGGUCGAAAUCGUGGAACCAUUGAAGGGAUAUCGAGGAUCUAUCAAAACAGAUGAAACCGCUGGUUGAGCCGGACAGAGCCUGUUAAAGGCCAACAACCCUUCUGUCGAGUAUCUGGAGACAUAAUUCUGGCAGAGGAUAUGAUAUGUGAAAUCCAGAAGAAACAACAUCUCUACUUACCAGCUGGUUUGGUGUCUUGCACUGAAGUCGCUGUUCGCCCCCGUAAGAGGACUCAGCUUCUCCCCUCCACGCGUCGAAACGCGUCUCACUCGAACCAUCCACCACAAAACCAUCACGCAGCACGCCAACAGGGCUCUUUUGAUCAACGCAGACAUCUGUGGCAGUCAGAAGAUAUGGUCUCGUGUCCUAUCUGCGGGAAGUCUGUCCCGUCCGUGAAGAUCAACGACCACAUCGACUCCGACUGCCAGGCCUUCGUCGAAGAACCCGCCCCGACGUCUACAGACGGAUCGGGGUCGUCGUCAUCGCAAAAGUCUGCUGUUCCCAGUUUCUUUCAGCCAUCGUCUGCUCGCAAGAGUCAACAGGCUGGCCUGUUGCGAGACCCGCCGUCAGCCCACCCUCCGAGCCAAUCCCCGCGAAACCUGAACGGAAAGAGGUCGUUUACGCAGGAAACACAGUCGACGUUCGAUCAGAAUGGAGCACGAGCUGAAAGGCCGUCGUUGGCAACACUGGCGGCAGACUCUCCGGCCAAACGGCCAAAGGUCAACGCGUUUCACAAGGCUGCCCCUCUGGCGGAACGCAUACGGCCCCGGAGUCUGGAUGAUGUCUGUGGCCAGGAGCUAGUCGGCCCCAACGGGGUGCUGCGAGGACUUAUUGAGGAGGACCGGGUGCCCAGCAUGAUUCUCUGGGGCAGCGCAGGGACCGGGAAAACGACGAUUGCCCGAGUGAUUGCCUCGAUGGUGGGCAGCCGGUUUGUCGAAAUCAACAGCACAAGCUCCGGGGUGGCGGAGUGCAAGAAACUGUUUAGCGAGGCGAAGAGCGAGCUUGGGCUGACAGGACGGAAGACAAUCAUCUUCUGUGACGAGAUACAUCGCUUUUCCAAGUCGCAACAAGAUGUCUUCUUAGGCCCCGUGGAGAGCGGGCAGGUGACGCUCAUCGGAGCCACCACCGAGAACCCAUCUUUCAAGGUCCAAAACGCCCUGCUCUCUCGCUGCAGGACGUUUACCCUGUCGAAAUUGACCGAUAAGGAUAUCCGGGAUAUCCUCCAACGCGCUCUGCGGGUCGAAGGGCCCACCUAUUCGCCAUCGGCCCUCGUGGACGACGAGCUGAUACAAUACCUGGCCACCUUUGCAGAUGGAGACGCGAGAACCUCGCUCAACCUACUCGAGCUGGCUAUGGACCUCUCCAAGCGGGCGGGAAUGACCAAGGAAGAGCUGAAGAAGUCAUUGACACGCACCCUCGUCUACGACCGCGCCGGCGACCAACACUACGACACCAUCUCCGCCUUCCACAAGUCCAUCCGAGGCGGCGACGCCGACGCCGCGCUGUAUUACCUUGCCCGCAUGAUCCAGUCGGGCGAGGACCCGCUCUAUAUUGCCCGGCGCCUGAUCGUCGUUGCCUCCGAGGAUAUCGGUCUGGCGGACAACAGCAUGUUGACCUUGGCCAUCUCCACGCAUUCCGCCGUUGAGAAGGUCGGGCUGCCCGAAGCUCGCAUCAACCUCGCGCACGCCACCGUCGCCAUGGCUCUGUCCAAAAAGAGCACCCGCGCCUACCGCGGUCUUAAUAACGCCUUGGCCGCUCUCGAUGAGCCUGGUGUCGCCGGUCUUCCCAUCCCACUGCACCUCCGCAAUGCUCCCACUCGCCUGAUGAAAGAUCUCGGAUACGGAAAGGAAUACAAAUACAAUCCACAUUAUCUUGAUGGGCAGGUCGCCCAGGACUACCUUCCAGACAAACUGCUUGGCUGCCGCUUUCUCGAAGACCUCGAUCUCGGCACCCAGAUUGACCCGGAUUUGUGAGGCCUCACAAUCAGUAUCGACAUCCACAAGAGAUCCAUGGAUGAAUCCUAUCUUGCCUCAGGCUGCAAGUACCUGGUAGCUACGUCAUUGUCCGGUCAGCCAAUGAGCGUGCGGGAUACGUGCAGCUUAACCAUCUCUAGGUGCGACUAA